AUGUCGACAACGGAUUGUAAUCGGACUGUCAGUGUAGACUGUCAACAAGAUGCAAACGUAGGUCUCUCCUUGAUGGCAUUGUGUCUUGGGGUGAUUUUAGCUCUGUCUGUUGCAGCAAACGGAAUGGUUUGUUUUGUUUUUUACAGGAAGUCAAAUCUCCUAAGCAUAUCCAACAGUUUUGUGCUGAACCUUUCCUGCUCGGAGCUAGCACUGUCCAUCCUCGUGUUGCCUUUCACAUUGACGUCCGUCUUCUCCUCGUCAGGUUGGGUAUUUAACGACAUUUGGUGUAAAAUUCAGGGAUUUAUCUUCAGUGUUUGUGUGUUCUCAAUACAGUUUUCCUUGAUGAUUAUCUCCCUUGACAGGAAUUAUGCGAUCAUAAACUCACUCCGCUAUGUGAAUGUGUUUACUCAGAAACUAGCCAACAUCCUCAUAGGACUGUGUUGGUUGUUGAGCAUAGUGUUAGCGUCUCUUCUAUUGCUGAACUGGGGGACUUACGACUACAUACCCAGCCAAUACACUUGUGCAAUAAACUGGGAAGAAUCAAACGAAUUCCUCAUCUCCGUAUGUAUAAUCGUUUUCCUUCUCCCACUCAGUAUCCAGUCUAUAUGUUAUCUCAGCAUAUUUAAAGCAGCCAUUAGCCACACAAAGCGAUCUAGUCGCGUGUAUCCAUCGAUGCCAAGUUCAAUCCGUGGAAUUACAACUACAGUCCAGGAUCUGCAAAGUGAUUCGUCAGACAUCAGUGACGUUUCACAAAAUGUCCAAGUAAAAUAUCAAACUAUGGAAUGUAAGGCUGUACGCACUAUCCUGUUAAUUGCUUUUACGUAUGCGAUUUGCUGGGUUCCAUAUAUUACUGUUUCGAUUUUGAGGCUAAGGUCAGUCACCAUAGUCUCGUCUAGUGAUUCGGCGGCUGUCUGCUUCGUUUUUCUAACAGGAGUAAUUAAUCCAGUAAUAUAUGUAUUUAUGAAUAGAGUGAUGCGGUUCGAGAUAAAUAAGUUUUUCUGUGGGCCUACCACGAGGGAAUCGAGAAAAUCAAGCACGUGCGAUGAAAACGACGAUUUCUAUUCAACGACAACGAUGAGUUUAUCGGUACCAAAGACGACAACAACAUCAUCCUCAUCGAGCUCUUGUCAGACUAGAUCCAGUGGAGGGAAGAGUAGGAGGAUUGAGAUGAAAACCAUAAAAGAGGAGGAAUUAGAACUAGGAAACGUAUUGAAACCUGUUCAACUUCCCUCCAAACAUCAAAUGUCACCUGAAAAAAUUAGAAAAGAUUUCGAAGACAAGACCAGUAAACAGUCGGAAUUGUAUUUAAAUCCUUCUGAUCUAUAUCUUCAGAGAAGACGGAUACGGAUGAAACAUGCACGUCUAAUGUCUAUAAGGGAGGAAGCGACGAUACCCGCUGGGGAUAAUUCAUCAAGCUGGCAGUGUCUGGAGGAUUUGGACAUGGUCUGGAGUCCAGCUGUUAUCAAUGAGUCUCCGGUUCAGUAUAAACGGCGGCGAUCACGUGCUAACUCUCUAGGGCUUCAGAAAGACGAAACAUUUUCUAAAAGACGGCGAGAUAGUGGAUCAUUUCUAUACUUUGAACACUGUAGUCCAAGCAAACUGCAACAUGGGCAGAAUCGUCGUUCGGGGCGUGGCCUUUCAGUUGACGAAGCAUUUAUGAAAUUCGACAAUGUUCCACGAAGAAAGCAAUACAGACAUCACAGCCUUUUCGAAGGAAUGCCAAGUACUACAACCAUGCCAAUUCCAGACGCACCACGACCACAUUCCUCAUAUGUCUUCUCUGUUUCCAAUCAUAUUAAAACAUGUCAGUCCGACCUAUCCCGUGGUCGGUCACGUGAUUCCUUGUCAGAUCCGGAACUAAAUCGGAUGUCACCAUCAAAUCCAAAUGUUCGUUUACAGACAUCAUGCACAGAUGACAAAUCAGCAAAGAUUUUUUUUGUUUCCUCGCAGCGAAACCGGGACUGUUUGUCUGCUUAA